CCAGGUACAGUGAGCGGCGUCUUCCUCCCGCUGCCGCUUGGAGCAGCCGCUUGGAAGCCGCUUGGAGCAGCCGCUUGGAAGCCGCUUGGAGCCGCAGCAAUUAGCGACAAUUGGAGAGGCCGAGACGCGCGUGAGAGGCACAACCACGGCGCUGAGUGAAGAGACGCAACUCCACGGUGCGAGGCCGGGGGCCCAAGAGCAAGAGGAGGAGCGGGUGUCGGCAACUUGUGCACUGUGCGUGAGUGUGCAGAGCGAGCUGAAGGUGUUGCAUUCAAGUCCAACAGCGGCAAUGGGGUGGGGGCGAGCUGCGGCGCUGGUGGCUGCACUGGCUACGCUGGUGGCCUAUCUGCUGUCUGCUGACCUGCAGCAGCUGUUGGCUCGGGGAGCAUGGGGGCUGCUGCCGGUUGGCGUUGAGGACCAGCAGCCGGACGACCAUCGCCUGGUGGAGCAAGUGCAGGCUGCCUGGGAGAACAUCAUCAUCCCACCCAAGCACAGGGUGCAGCGGGUGGCUGUCGGCGUGAACGUGUGCGUGGACGUGGUUCUGUCGGGCGUGGCGCUCAUGGAGACGCUGGGCCUCUCUCCCGCACGUGGACGGGACCACGAUGUCCUGGCGUCGCCGUCGGACUUGCGCGACGCCUUCACGCACUUCAUGGGCCGUGGAGCGGCCGCCGAGCGUUUCUUCAGCGACGGCAAGGCCUUUGAGCAGAUUGCACAGGCAGCUUCGGCUUACCCGGCAGCGCAGCAUUACGUGGGAGGGAAUGCGGCUCUCAUCGGACAAAAGCUGGCACGCACGGAUCAAGUAACGGUGUUGCUGUGUGGUCCUGUGGGUCCAAAGCUGCAUGAGCUGCUCGACGAGAGGGUGCUCGUGCCACCAGAGUCGCUCACAGACCAGGAUCAGUACCACCUCAUCCUUGAGUACAAAGCAGGCGAGCGUUGGGCUGACGUGGAGGCCCCGCUGGCGUCCCGGUUCAUCUUCUCGCAUGACCAGGCCAACGCAGGCAUGCGCUUCCUGGAGACGCUCGUGGAAAAUCUGGAGGAGUUUCGGCCCGACCUGGUUGUGCUGUCAGGCUUUCACAUGAUGGAGGGCCAGGGCAAGGACUUUUGGACCGAGCGUCUGGAUGAGGUGGUCACGUCGCUAAGUGAGAUACCCGCCGAGACAGCUGUGCAUCUAGAGCUGGCCAGCAUGGCUGACCGCGAAUACAUGGAGAUGGUCCUAGAGAUGGUGCUGCCGGUGGUGACGUCACUGGGCCUCAACGAGCAAGAGCUGCUAUUCGCCAACCAAGCCGGCAGCGGCCCGUUCCCAGACUUGGACGCGUGGAACGGCACGCCGGACGUGGGCGUCGUAUGCGACAUCAUCUCCUGGCUGCUGACACACUACGGCGGCGCGGGCGCCGACGCCGAGUCGUCGCUGAGCCGCGUGCACUUCCACACUCUGGCCUUCCACGUGCUCGCCACGCUCGACGGCGAGUGGCUCAACGGCGAGGCCGCCGUGGCCGCCGGCGCCUGGGCCGCGGGGGCGCAGGCGUGCCGCGGCGUCGACGAGCGGCUGAUGCUGCGGGCACCGCACAGUUUCGCGACGUCGCGCGUCGACCAGCUGGCCGGAAAGAGUGACGAGAUGACCUUUGACCCCGCGCUCCCCGUGUCGGCCUGGAAGAGGGAGGGCGUGAGCUUCUACUACACCCCCGUGCUGGUGUGCGCCCACCCCGUGAGGACGGUCGGCCUCGGCGACGCCAUCUCGGCAGAGGGGCUGCUUUACUCGGAGCACGUGCAGCAGUGACACGGGAGGGUCGUGCCCUUAAGCUAAGCACUUAGGGUGCCCACGCAAUGGCACCGGCACAGCUGCGCGUAGCCUUUAAAUGUUCUGAGGGAAUGGGAGUCUAGGUAUUUUUGUGUGGCUCGUUAGUAUGUAAGUAAAUAAAGAGCAAUGUGGGAAAGGAGAGUUAACUAUUGGGUGGUUGGCUUGUUUACUGUUACACAAGAUGCUGCACCAUCCCUGCCCAAGAUUAUUCCAUUUUUGUUGUUUUAUGCUCCGUUUGUGUAAGGCGUGAUAGUGAGUUUUCCUUGAACCCUUCUCAUUAUAACUCCCUCGUGUAUGCCUUACGUGAUGCAGCAGAGCUUAGAUGCAAAGCGUCAGAGCACGUUCAACUCCAGCACUGAAAUGCAUUGAAUGCUGCUUUAACGGUAAUUUAACGUAUGUGUGCGCAUGGGUCUAUGUGCCGUGUUUUCUAUCCCUUUUAAUCUUUACAUAAAUCCUGAGGUUGUGAAAAAUUCCACCGUCAUGUAUUCGCAAAAUAAGUUUCGCAUUUAACAAGUGUUGUAAAUUACUAAGAUGAUUCUAGCCAUCACUUUACUUAUUUACAAAAUUACUUUACUGAAUCCACCAAAUUACAAUUUAUUUUGUAACUGUAAAACAGUUUUAGAUUCAGACACGCAAGCUGCAUUACUGCAAUAUUUAUUGUUUGAUAUAUCCUCACAAGAUUUAGGCUUAAGGUUUAAGCCUUCAACUAUUAUGCAUUCAAGUACAUUUUUCAAAUGUCAUUUAAAGGUCAUGUGAUUUUUAGUAGCCCAAUUCCAAAAUUCCACAAUUUGUGGCUACUCAUUUUUUUUUUCACAACUGUCCUAGGUCUCAUUUACAAAUGUCAAAUUAGGUCACAGGUACUCAAUCGUUCAAUAGGGAAAUGUAAUUGAUGACCCUUUCCUAAUCCAUUCAUAUCAUGUGAACUUGUACUUUCCUAGGUGGCGAGCACAUCGUUGACUUGGCUUACAGGAAGACGAACCUCGCAGAGCUGUAGGAUAUUUUGUAUGCCGGCAGCACUACCUCAGUUUUGCCGAACUACCGAGUGGCAACUUGUGCAGACGAUGGUGGCACUUACAUAUAAUUGUGGGAAGCGUAACUAUUUUAAAUUGAACAAAUUUGUUUCCUUUCAACACUUCCAAUGUCACGUGUGACCGUUGAUCAGAUAAGGCUUUGAAAUUGUGUGCACACAAGUUAAAAUAAUGUAAAGAAUAUAAAACACCAUGGCAUACGUACCAGCUAUCCAAAAAUCAUUCCACUAUUCUGUUUGUAUUGUGUUUGAAAUGGCCAAGAGUGGUUUUUAUUUGAAAAUCUAUUUUUGGAGUGUUCCAUAACUGUCACAGCACAUAUUUGUAUGUGGAUGCGUGAUAAUUUCCUUGCACCUAUGUAUGCUCCUGUGCACGUAACUGUGCGUUGUACGCAGAUACAAUUACUCCAGUGUGCAUCACAGGCAAUCAUCUUUCUGUCCUAUUUUUGCAUUUCCAGUUAAUUAUUAAUAUAUUGAACACUGAAAGAAAUCACUGCAACGUAGAUCAGCUCAGCUGUUGUAAACAAAUUUGAACAAAAUAGGGCCAUUUCUGAAACAGACCACGGCUCAUGUUUUGUCGCGAUACAUGCUUCAGUGUGAGCCAGGUCCCUCUGUCUCCCUCUCCCUUCUCUUCAGUGGCAGGAAGUAAUGGUAACUUUUUAAAACAAGUUUUAAUCCAUGCUUGGGUUAUCUUAUGGAAUCCAAGCCAUAAUUUGUUAUUUCAGCCACGUCUCUUCCACGUUGACCCCGUGACUUCACGACUGUUUCCGAGAGCGUCCGGCCGAAAGCCGACAGCCACCUCGGCAAAGAGAACUAAGCAGCCUCCUUGUGUAAUUGUGCUGCUACACGGCUUGGUUACAGCUCACUCUACCGGCUCAGGCUGAUGUGGUUGUCUCGGCAGACCGUACUUGUCUGUUUCGAGAACAUCGUCGGCCCGGCUUUAAUUGUUUAACAAUAACAAGAGUUCUUGUUCCCGUGACUGUAACACCAGUCACGGGAACAAGUCACCAGUAGCCCUGGAAGUACGAGAGCCCUCUUCAUGGAGCCCUCUUCAAUACUACAGCCAUAGCACUGUCCUCGCCCUGGAAACAGUUGUGAUGCCACUUGCUGUCCUGACACACCAUGUUUAUGAACAAAAAUUACACCAAACAUUGCAACAAACAUUUUAUUUACAUGCCAGGGCCUUACUUAUCACUGGAUUAGCCAUUGCUUUAGACGACGUUUUUAAAACGUAGCUUCCUGAUCUCCACCCUUCCGGCAACCUUGGCUAGACCCAUUCCCAGGGAAGGUCCGCCCUCCUGGAAUCUAAUACUAGCCCAGCGGGGGUAGGGGUCUGGAUAAGGUGGGUGAAACCUAAGGACAAGCAGCGCGAAACAGCUUUUCCUGUUUUAGCUUGGUUUACCACAGGGUCCAGCACAUAAUGUAUGAAACUAUGAGACUCGCAGUGGAAUAUUAGCCUGUUUGUGUGCUUUGUGUUCAGAACACUGAUGUAUUUGAGCAUUGCACUCCAAUUACAUUUAGGAAGAUUCAAAUUGUGGCUAUGCACAAGAUCAGUGGUGAGUGGUGUAUUAACACUUGUCGUGGUGCAGUGUGGUUAAAAUUGGAAAUAAUACCAGCACCUUAUGUGCCAUGCUGUCCUUGCUAACAACCACUUUCCCCAACGUUCUAUAACUUAACAGGGAAUAUUUCUUUAAGGCUGUAUAUGGGUGUGUAGACAAUUGGGGACAGCUGAUGUGUUUUUCUCGGUGCACUAUUAGGCUAGCAGCUCCAGGUUUGAUUCUUGCAACAUAUCGGUGAAAUCAUAUAUCCAAUUAUUCGGUCGUUAAAUGAGUACCUUGUACACUGUGUAAGCACUUGAAAUGUGGACAUGAAGGUGGCCGGACACAAAACUCUCACCCCCCCAACCACUCUAACAAAUGAGCUUUGAGUAUCUGUUGUGCAUAUGUAUAUUUGCUUGUGUGUCUGCACAUUUACCUGAGGCUUUGUUUAUCACUGCAGUCCAUUUGCCCUCAGAUUCUCAUGGCAAUUUGGCUGCUUUCUAAAAGCACAGCAUUACCUUCAUGAGUUUGGGUAUAGCCUAAUGAGAAUUUCAGACAGCACGUUACCUUAUUAUGGAGCAAUUUUUGAACCUAUUCCAAUUUUCCUUUCCAUUCCUUUUAAUUCAUCCUUUGUUUAAACAGAAGCACAUUCACUUGCAUUUCCAGCCGUUGUUUACCAAGACUUGGGACUUUUCUUUUUUAUAACUCUCGUCUUAUUUUCUUUGGUUUCCUUUUGUCUACUGUAAAGGAAAGAAAACCGGCACAACACAGACAUUCAGCGUCAUCCAGCCAUGUGUCAAACUCCUAGGGUUACUAUUUUGGGUUUGGUAGGGCAGUUGUAAAAAAUAGUAGGUAUAAUUGAGUUGGGACCAUACAAAAGCCACUUUUCUGUUGCCAUUCCAAUACUAAAUAUAACUUUGUCUUCAAUUGCUCAACCAGCUGGAACUGUCUUGUCGAUGGGAAUAUACGAAUACCGUUUUGCACAAAAUUAUACCGAGGGCCACUCUAAUUUUCAGGGUUGAUUUUUAGGCUUACACCACAGUCAUCUUGCACUUUGUUGCUGAUGUCUUUAUACAUCUUUUUUUUGGCACAUUGAGAAAGCAAAUUAAAAGCUCAUAUGUGUGGAUGACAUGCUGGUUAUGGAAAAAGCCGUUUUCCAAGAUCAGCCGCUUUGCGAAAACAUGCAAUGUCCAUUUCUGUCAUAUAGAUUCCACCACUGACUUGAAUCUAUUUUACAGGUGUUGAUGAAUAUUUUGUUUUCCCAAAUCAUGUUUUAUGCAAGCUUAUUUUUUAUUCGUCAUUUCUGUAUGUCGGAAGUUGGACACCUUUAAAUGUCAGGAUAUGCUCAUACUCUCUGUCACAUGGUGUACAGUGUUGAACUGAAUUAUGCAGAAAGUGUAUUGGGAAACGUCUGAAAGGUCAUUUUUGUAUCACUGUGGCUGUCAGAAAAUCAGCUUGUGCUCCGACUACUCAUGCGGAGAAAAGUCAGUUCUAUUGACUGCUACGUGUUGAAAAUAAAGCAAGGUUUUAAAUAGCGCCAAGUAAGAUUGUCUCUCUGCUCAGGUGAGCAGUGAGGCAGCUCUCAACUUUACUGGUGGCCUUGAGCCAACAGUGUAAACUCCACAUUUCCAUGACAGGGGCCAGCCUGCCUAUAGUACAUCCACUGUUAACCUACAAGACGGUCCCUAUUGUAUUGGCCUCGGAGAGAUGAUAUAUUGAGUUGAACCCCAACCGGGAUUUAAACUCGCAGCAUGAUUUUAGCUCAAGUUCUCUAAUCACAGCAUUGUAUUGAAUAAAAUGUAAUCUUAAACCAGCUGGUAAUGAACAAAAAUUGGUGGUUUCUGUCAAUCACGAGAGCAAAACAUUAAAUAAAUGCUUUAAACCCAA